AAUUUUCUGUUUCACUAAUAGUUCUAUUUUCCCAGUCAGAAGCAUAUAAAUCAUGCAGCAAACAAAACAAAAACUAUCCUUCUCUAUGAAAGGAUCCUUUCAGGAUUUUUCUUAUCUACAUUUGCCUGCUCCACCACAGGUGAUCCACUGCAGUGGCUACCUGAAGAUCCGUCAGUACAGUUUGGACAUGUCACCUUUUGAGGGCUGCUACCAGAACGUUGGUUUGGUGGCUGUGGGUCACUCUCUGCCGCCCAGCGCCGUGACUGAGAUCAAACUGCACAGCAACAUGUUUAUGUUCAGAGCCAGUUUGGACAUGAAGCUCAUCUUCCUGGACUCCAGGGUAGCAGAGCUGACAGGUUAUGAGCCACAGGACCUGAUAGAGAAAACCCUGUACCAUCACGUUCACAGCUGUGACAUCUUCCACCUCCGCUGUGCACACCACCUCUUGUUGGUAAAAGGCCAAGUCACCACUAAGUAUUAUCGUUUCCUGGCGAAGCACGGUGGCUGGGUCUGGGUCCAGAGUUACGCUACAAUUGUCCACAACAGCCGGUCCUCAAGACCUCACUGCAUAGUCAGCGUCAACUAUGUCCUCACGGAUACUGAGUAUAAGGGAAUGCAGCUGUCCUUGGACCAAAUGAGCCCCACCAAGCCAGCUUUCCCCUACGCCGACAGUCACAGCGAAGACAGGAAGAGUACCAAGUCACGUCUGACCCAGGCCAAGGCCAAAGCCAGAGUGUCACCCUACCCACAGCAGUUUUCAGCUUUCAAUCCAGAGCGAUCAGAGUCAGACCAAGACAGCCAAUGGGGAGGGAGUCCACUGACAGACUCUGCAUCUCCCCAGCUGUUGGAUCCUGGUGAGGCUGCGGAGGCAUCAUGUGCCUACCGACUGUAUCCAGAUUCAGGCUCCCUGUGCUAUGGCCUGGGUCUAUCAGAAGACGAUCUUGCCCAUGCCCAAACACAUCCUCACACCACUACCUGUGACCGCGUACGAUGCCAGAGCGGACGCUACUUUCUAGGAACUCCCCAAUCGGGAAGAGAGGUGUGGUGGGACGCCACGCGCUCUGUACUCUCGCUGCCGAAAUCGUCUGCGGAGAACAGCGAGGGCUACGAAAUCACAUCCUACCACGGAGCCAUUCAUGGACGGGGCCACUGGGAUGAAGACAGUGUAGUGAGUUCACCUGAUGGAGGUGGGUCCACCAGUGAUUCAGGUGAGCGUUACCACGGUGACCACUUCCGGGCAACCCCUCGAGAACCGAGCAAGAUGGAAACUCUGAUCCGAGCCACACAGCAGAUGAUCAAAGAGGAAGAGAGCCGUCUGCAGCAACACAAGACGCCACUGGACGUCUCAGGCCUCGCCAAAGCUCACAGUCCGUGCUUUACCUCCUCACUAACCCACCACUCCCAACUCACCAUGCCCAGCGUGGUGUGCCGUGGCCCGGGAGCCCCCAGCAUCGACCUUCCCUCUGAGCGCCUUCAUCACCGGGAUGGCGUCAAAGUGCUCGGCCCACAUGACAAUGAUGAAAACACAACCAGCCCGGCAUCUCUGUCUCGUCUCAGCAGCCCCAGCUCUGACGGGAUCCCCAGGUCGAGCCUCUCCCUCACCAAAGACUACAUGCAGACGGAUCUGUCGCCCCAUCCUCCACAACCACAGGGGAGCCCGCUGAUCUAUCCAGCCCAGGAGAGGCAGCCACUGGACAGGCAAGCAGCCUAUGCUUUGACUGGGUACUCCCUGGAGCACCUGUAUGACUCAGAGAACCUGCGGAGUUACUCGGGUCUGGCUUGCGGAGGAGUCCAGUAUGAUGUGGCGUCCCAUGUGAGGAUGCAGGCCGAGCAGAUGCAAGGACACAAGGCCACCUCAGUUAUCAUAACCAACGGGAGCUGACGAUAUCUGGUGCAGAUAGGUCCUGUUCUCUAAGUGAGGAUGUUACACUAAGGUGGUGCUUUACGCACAUGCAAACACUGACCAGGUGCUUGAUACAAACAGCAGGACAUUUAAAAAAAAAAAAAAAAGAAUAAAACGUACCGGCACUGGGUUGAUGUGCCCUUGGUGGCUCAUUCAGCACAACUUGUCAGCUUUGUAUCAUACCAUUCUAUUUUCUUUAUCAUCGGAGGAUGAUAUGAACUAGUGUUCAAGAACUGACGUUUGGCACGUCACUUCACAGGGCGGAGGUUUGCUCCAUUACAUAGGAAUAUAGUGUUAUUUUAAAAAGGCGAUGAACUGAAUUUUCCUUCCUGCAAAGGCGACCUAAGUCUCGAGUCUGGUUAAACAUCAAGCCAGUGUUUCUGUUCCAAAUGUCUCACGCACCAUUGGCCAUGUGAGUUAAUCUGUCCUGGACACGAUUUCCAAAGGCAGUAUGAAAAUGUGUUGUUCCAUUGCCCCCUCACCUGAAAACUCCAACGCAGAGCAUAAUGUUUGACACAUGAGGUGCAACAUGGGAAAGGCGUUUCACUAUUGUAAGAUGUCAAUGUUUCCUGGUAUUUAUUUGUCAGUGGGAUGUUUUUCCUGUAUGUGUCAUUUUUUUUUCUGUCCAAGUAGAAUUUUUAACUGGUCGGCAUAAAAAUUAGUUUUGGUGUUUGGAUUACACCAACGUUAGAUUAAAGACAAAUUAAUGAAGUGGUAAAAAAAUAAAAAAAACAGAAAGAAAGAAAUGCUUCUGAUAUGUAAAGUGUAAAAUAUGCAGGUCAACCUGAAACUGUUUUAAUGUAUAUGUGAAAUGCCCUCACUUAGAGCACAAAGAUAGAUUACAAACACACAUUUGUGAUCUCCUCAUGCCCUCUAAAUACAGGCAUUGUAUGUAUCGACUUACAGUUGUGACUGAAACAAUAUUGUUUACAUAUCAGAGUAUCAUUAUUUUCUGUUUUUACCUCACUUGACCGCUACCCAACGUGUUAGCAUAUGAAGAGUAUGCUUUUAAACCCUUAAAUCCUGCUGCAAAAUGCAAACGUUCUCAAAGAUAUCCAUUUGUUUCGGGGUU